CCUCGUCAGCCAUAUUGACUCAUUUCACUUCCGCGAGGAAGACGCGCGUUCACGUAGCCGGUGAUCAGUCCCAGUUUUACCGCUGAAUGUAUCAGUGAUUACUUCAAAAUGGCAUCAAAUGAAUUAGCAAAGAAGCUUGAAAGGCGAAUGAACAUAAAUGAAGGCGAAGAAGAGCCGGCAGUAGCCUCCCAGUCGAAAGUUUUCAACCCGUACACGGAGUUCAAGGAAUUCACCCGCAAGCAAAUACAGAAUUAUCAGAAAAUGUUUAAUGAGUUACUAAAGCCUCAGUUCCUUCUUAUUUUCCGCAAGGCGGCUGCAGGAGAAUUGGCAGCCGAGAGCGGAUUGUACGAAAUAUACACGCACCUCAGUGAAAUUGACGUGGAUAAGGAGGGCGUCAAGGGAGCCAAGAACUUCUUUGAAGCCAAGAUAGACCAGCAAACACAGGAAAAGAAGUUUGAGGAGGAAAUCCGACAAGAGCAAGAGGAGAAGAGAAUUCAGCAGGAAGAGAAAAAGGAAAGACAGCAAGCCUUUAAAGCAAAGACAACGUUUUUUAAACAAGAAAUUGAAAACCAAACCAAUUGAGAUCAAAAAGUGAUUUGACUGAGAAGAGGGUGGGGGUAGAGAGUGAAAAGAAAGUGCCCAAAAUGGGGGGGAUGGGGGGGGGACUAGAAAUUCAUCAGUAUCUAUAUUUGUUAUGUGUAAUGCAAACAUUCACUAAAAAUUUCAUCCAUAAGAUAUAUAUAUGUGUUUGUGAGUGACAGCUAGAUUUUUAUUUCAUUUUUUGAUACAAAUAUGUUUGUAGCACUGAGCCAAUUACACGUAGGUUCAUGUUAACCCUGGUUUUCU